CCGUCACUUUUCUUGUUACCCCAUGUGCUAAAAGCAAAUUCUCUUUUACUUAGCCUUCCAUUCUGUUCCUUCCAUUUCUCAAAUCAGACAUUUUGGCUUCUACUUUAGUAGUUUGGCGAUCAAUUAGCAGCUAAAGCAAAUCUCUCUCUCUUGCUCUCUGUCUUUCUUUCUUCUGCUGUCCCAUUCUAAACAAAUACUGACUCAGUGAAAAAUGAACAGUUUUUGAGCUGAUCUUGAGGAAAUUUAGGCCAUGAUCUUUUCCUUCUCAUAAAGUGAUAAAAGAUCUGAUUUUAGGAAACAAGUUCAGAAUAAUAGCUGCCAUGAAGGAGUUUCCUUCUUGUUUUGGAGAAAAUGGUGUUCAGGUUGUUGAUUCCUCCUAUUCAAGUACAACAAGGGGAGCUCAAAAUGUUGUUACUUGUGUCUAUCGGUGUAAGUUAGGAGGCCGUUCGUUCUUGAUUACUGUCUCUUGGACCAAAUAUUUGAUGGGACAAGGCUUGAGUGUGGGAAUCGAUGAGUUGGGUAAUCAUUGUCUCUGCAAGGUUGAUAUAAAGCCAUGGUUGUUCUCAAAAAGAAAAGGGUCAAAGAAUUUGGAGGUUGAGUCUAGCAAAAUCGAUAUACUUUGGGACUUGAGCUGUGCUAAAUUUGGUUCCGGGCCUGAACCAUUGGAGGGAUUUUACUUGGUUGUUGUGUUCAACCAAGAGAUGGUCUUACUCCUUGGGGAUCUGAAAAAGGAGGCAUGCAAGAAGAUUGAUAGUGACUAUGCUUGUGCUAACUCGGAAGCCGUUUUUAUUGCAAAGAGAGAGCACAUUUUUGGCAAGAAGUUUUAUGGUGCAAAGGCUCAGUUUUGUGACAAGGGCCAAGUGCAUGAUGUAAGAAUUGAGUGUGACACACUUGGGCUUAAUGAUCCAUGCCUUGUGAUCCGAAUUGAUAGCAAGACGGUGAUGCAGGUGAAGCAACUCAAGUGGAAGUUCCGGGGCAAUCACACUAUUUUGGUGGAUGGCCUACCAGUGGAAGUGUUUUGGGAUGUACAUAACUGGCUCUUUGGAAAUGCUCUGGGAAAUGCAGUCUUUAUGUUCCAAACUUGCAUUUCAUCUGAGAAGAUGUUCGCAAGCCAAUCUGUUUCUGAUCCUUCUGUUCUCACAUGGGCUUACUCUCAGCAGUUCAGGGAUUCCCAGUUGCAAGGUCUUGGAUUCUCUCUCAUUUUGUAUGCUUGGAGAAAUGAGUAGUCAGUAUAGGAGAUAAGUUAUGAAAUCUUAUUCUUGAGUGCUAAACAGGUAAUGCCAGCCACACAGUUUUCAGCAAUCAUGUGAUCAAAUUACAUGAAACUCAUAAACUCGUCUUUUUUCUUUUUGCCUUA